AUUUGUAAAUUGACAUUAAUUUAGAGAAGCAAUAUAAUAUGGCUGAAGAGAAACACCAUCACCAUUUGUUCCACCACAAGAACAAGGAGGAAGAGGGUGGACCAGUUGAUUAUGAAAAAGAAGUGAAGCACCACAGCCAUCUCGAGAAAAUCGGUGAACUUGGUGCUGUUGCUGCUGGUGCUUUCGCCUUGCAUGAGAAGCACAAGGCAAAGAAGGACCCAGAGAAUGCACACAAACACAAGAUAGAGGAAGAGAUUGCAGCAGUAGCUGCAGUUGGUGCUGGUGGAUUUGCAUUCCAUGAACAUCAUCAGAAAAAAGAUUCCAAGAAAGAGAAAAAAGAAGCUGAGGGAGGACACCACUACUAAUCAAAUUUAACUAUUUUAGGCACCCAUGGACUCCAUGUUGUCUAAUAUAAAUAAAAGAUAUUACUAUGUGUAUUUGUUUCCCUUCAGAGUGUUUGAUUUUGUGUUUCUAUGUUAAUCUCACCAUGUAAUACUUCGUCUAUGGAUUAAUUUGCUUUUUGAGUGUAAAUUUUUAUAUUU